AUGGUGGAUCCCAUGCAAGGCGGCAAUACAAGAUUUGCCUCGGAGCCUAACAUGGUUAGGCCCACCAUGAGCACUACGGCACACUACCAGCGACAGUCGAUCCGUCAAAAGAUUACAUUUGAUGCCAAAAAGUUUGAUGUGACGACCCUGCCGAUCGACAUGCAACGAGUGGUCGCAAAGCUCACCAAGGACUUUGGGGAAGAUUAUGCUCUUACCUUUGCCUUUAUGGUGCGCACUGCUUCCGAGCUGCACCGUGCCUGGCACAUGACGCUCUUGACCAGCAAGAUCCUCCAGCAAAUCAAGGACAAGUUCCAAAUCCGAACUACUUGGGAGCUGGGAGUCACCAAACUCAAGUUUCGUGCCGAAGAUGGAAGUCAUGAAUUGCAUCGCAAGGUUCCAUAUGAUUAUGACUCAGAGUUUCAAGAUUUAUACGCAAAAAUUGCGGUGGCUCUUGUGGAUGGUCAAAUCAAUAUUCACCAAGCACUCACUUUUCAGUCCAACACCAAGCGCGGAAAACACACUGCCGCUAGUGGCUUGUUCCUUCGGGACUUUCCAGGACGCUUGGUCUUGUACCCGCUGGAGGCAGCAACCUGCGCUGUCAUUUUCUUUGGCGGAGAUUGGGCGGACGCUGGUGUUGCUGCAGUGACUGGUUUGUGUGCCGGCCUUAUGGAAUGGUUCCUUGUCUCAUUGAACAGCAAUGCCAAGAUUCUCAUUGAUGUCCUGGUUGGAAUUACCACUGGAAUCGUUGGUGGCUUGUUUUAUCGAUAUCUGGAUGAACCAACCUGUCUACCGGCUGUAUUUUUGGGAGUACUGUAUUGGUUCUUUUACGGUACCGCCUUUGUCAUUGGAAUUCUUGAAAUUGUUGCUGGAGAAUUGGAGACGGGAGUCAUUCGAUUCAUGGCAGUAGCAGUGAAGACAUUCGUUCUUUCUCUAGGUAGUACUUGGGGUUUGCAAAUCGCUUCCAGAAGCCCUAUCGACGACUUUCAAGACACUGCUGGUUGCAACAAUAUUGAUCUUGAUACAGUUUGGUGGCGCAUUCCACUAUACCUCUUGUGUUCGGCCAGUGCUCUAGGACAAUACCGAUUUCCCAUUGUUUACUACUGGCGUGGACUUGUCAUCCAACUCGUCGGAUAUGAAGUACAAUAUCAAAUGUUCAAGUUGUUGGCACAAAGACACGAUCGUGACUUGCUGGAUACUGCAACGGCGAAUGCUGCAGGUGCUAUCGCAGCAGUCAUUGCAGCCUGUUUGCUGUCUUGGAUCGUUGACUCGUUGAGCUACUAUUACAAUGCACGAACCUUGAUGCGGGUUGGUGAUGAUGAGUAUUCAAAAUUUGGAGAGUGUGUCUACAGCAUCUCGGUUGUUUGGCUCCGCUUCAUGACCUGCCUAGGUCUCGGACGAAAGGAUGAACAGGAGUUCUUGGAUAUGCAACCAAGACUACGUCAAAUGAGUUCCGAACUUGAUGAUCCAAACAACCCUAGAACCGAAAUCCGGCUCUCAGAGGAGGAGGAACGGCUCUUGAAACAAGCCGUGGUUGCGUCCAAGCCUCUCAAUGUAUGGUCCUUGCUCAUGCCCACUGUAUACCAACUUGUUCCUGGGUCCUUGAUUGCUCGCUUGUGGUACAAUUCCAUCUUUCCUCCACCAUAUGUCCAGGAAGAGCUACAGGUCGUCGGCACUGAUGGAUCAGAUACUGGCUUUAGUUACAUUAGCUGGACGCCCGAUCAGGCUCAAGAAAGUGUCUUUUCAGCGCUCAUGGUAAUUGCAACAUCGCUUGCAUUGGGAUUGCUGCUUGGAAUGGGUCUUCAAUCUGUGAUUACCGCCUUUUAUCGAAGAACUGUCUUGUAUUGGAUCGACUCGAUGAGUUCAAUGAGUAAAUCGACAAGGAACUUCCGUGCCAAGAUGCGAGUGAAGAAUGAUGAACGACAAGGGCUCAUGAAUACACCCGAAGACGACGAUCCUGAUUCUGGGGAACUUCUUCCUACUCCCCUUCCUGUUACCAACGAACCUGUCGCGGAAGUGGAAAAGCCUCUUUCCAACGUGAUGGAAAUGGAUGACGCAGACAAUGAUAAGGCAUCUAUUGCAAGUGCGUAG